UAUAAAGCUUUGCUUCAUCAGACUCGUGUCGCCCCUCUCUCUCUCGAAGACGAAAGCUGCGAAAGCCGUAAACUUUUUUUCUCACCUUCAAAGGUUCUCUAACUUGAUCUGUGAAGAUGUUUUCCGCUCAGAACAAGAUCCAUAAGGAUAAGGGUGUGGCACCAACUGAGUUUGAAGAGCAAGUUGCUCAGGCUUUCUUUGACUUGGAGAACACCAACCAGGAACUGAAAAGCGAGUUGAAAGAUCUCUACAUCAACCAAGCAGUGCCCAUGGAUAUUUCUGGCAAUCGCAAGGCUGUUGUGAUCUUUGUUCCAUUCAGACUGAGGAAAGCUUUCCGUAAGAUUCAUCUCCGUCUUGUCAGAGAGCUUGAGAAGAAGUUCAGUGGUAAGGAUGUCGUCUUUGUUGCUACCAGAAGAAUCAUGCGUCCCCCCAAGAAAGGCUCAGCUGUUCAGAGACCACGCAACAGAACUCUUACUUCUGUCCAUGAAGCUAUGCUCGAGGAUGUCGCUUACCCUGCUGAGAUAGUAGGAAAGCGAACCAGAUACCGUCUUGAUGGCACCAAGGUCACCAAGGUCUUUUUGGACAUUAAGCAGAAGAACGACACUGAGUACAAGCUGGAGACAAUGAUUGGCGUAUACAGGAAACUUACAGGAAGAGAUGUCGUUUUCGAGUACCCAACUGAAGCUUGAAGAGAUGAAUGGUUGUUUUAUUCAUUUUUGUCGGAUAGAAUGCUUUUGGUUGUGUUUGCUUGUUUGGGAGUAAAACUCUGUUUUAGCAUCUUUGCAAUCGUUUGUUCACAAGACCCUUUUGUUCUGCUAGCAUUCAUGGUUUAGAAACAUCAUAUCAAAAAAAUUCCCAUA